AUGAAAAAGCUCUGUCUACUGCCCUUCCAUAGCCGGAGGAUUCGUAUGGCCAAUAUUCCUUUUGCCAUAUCGUUGAAGCAGAGCCUUCCCCCUCUUCAUAGUCACAACACAGCAGGAAAUUACUCGACGAAAGGCGAGAAUGACAACCAUGAACAACGCCACCUAUCCAAAAACUCUACUUUUGCCCCUUUAGAGACACCCUGGUAUCUCAAGAUUGUUGGCAAUGAAAAGGAACUAAUGGAAGAUAAAAAAGAAAAUGGCAACCAGACGGACAAGGCAGUCGAGUUACCUGAAGCCUCUCCAAACUCAUUGAGAAAAAUAACGGACCUCUUGACUGAUAAACUUGGUCUGGAUGACUUCCUGGUUUUCGAUUUACGGGAGAACAGCCCAAAUUCUGUUUCAGCCGUUAAUAAAUUGGGCGACUUCAUGAUCAUAUGCACAGCAAGAUCUACCAAACAUUGCCAUAAAAGUUUCUUGGAGUUGAACAAGUUUUUAAAGCAAGAAUUCUGUGGUAGUGCAUACGUCGAAGGAAACUUCAAUGAACGACAAGAAAGCAGAAGAAAAAGAAGAUUAGCGAGGAAAUCCAACCUUAGUAAGUUAUUAGGUAGAAGCUCUGAAGGCUCUACAAAAGACUCAAAUAGUGAAGCGUGGUACAUGAUCGAUUGUCAUGUUGAUGGUAUUUUUGUAAAUAUUUUGACACAGAAGAGGCGUAAUGAAUUGAAUUUAGAAGAGCUAUAUGCUCCUGAAACUGAGAAAUCCAAGUUCCAAAAUUCAGAGCCAGACAAUGUUUCUACUCUUUCAAAGAUGAACGAAAUUUCAAGCGACGAUAAUAUUCUUUUAGGCCUAAGAAGAUUAGCCCAGCAAAGAAGGAGGUACUCAACUAGUAAUUCAAACGAACUAAGUAAGUUAAGACACUUCCUGCAGAAGCAAGAUUUUAAAGAGGCUAGUAGGAUAAUUUACAAUAGCCCCGUUAGCCAAGCUCACAAUAUACGUACUUUAGAGCACAUGAAGAAUAGUUUAGAGGAUUUUGUGGGAAAAGGGAGGGAUGUAGAUGUUGCUCAAUGGAAAUCCUUAUUUGACGAACAUUCAACAUUGUUAACCUUAAGGCAAUCGACUGUAUACUGGCCAUUACGGCUAGAAUAUGCCAUACUUUUGAACAGGGCAAAUCCGCAAUUUUAUUCGGAUCGUGUUUUCCUCAAGGAUUAUCUACUUUUGAAAAAAUCGUUGGGGCAAGAGUUAACGAGGAAAGAUCUAAUUGCUCUUUUAGAAAUAGUUCUGAAAACGCAACACUCUAGUCAUUCAUAUUUCAAUCUAGUAAAGCAAAACAGGGUGGUGGUCAGAGCUUUGAGCUUAUUUAAAGGUCUACAAAGAGAGGGCGAUAGUUCAGUUCUUUACGAUGAAAAAGUAAUAUCUCUUCUUUUAAAUUCCAUGGUAGCGGAUGAACGCGUGAAAUUAAGAUCAUUGUACGAGACAAUAGACCACAUUUGCCAAACCUUUGGAGAUAAAUUAACUUCAAACAUGGUCAUCUCAAUAUUACAAAGCUUAGCUAAAAUCAAAGACUGGACCAAACUACUUCAAGUUUGGGAAGCUAUCGCACCAACGGCAGGGGAGGGUCAGGACACGAGGCCAUGGAAUGAAUUUAUAAACGUUCUUAAUCAAAGUGGUGAUGGUCACAUUAUCUCAAAAAUCGUAAAUAAUGGUCAUUUACUAUGGAUUAAACGUCUGAAUGUCAACUUAACGCCAGAAUUACGCAGCUCCAUUAAGGCGUUAUUAAAGACCGCUGGAAUGGAGAAUUCUGCAUUGGAAGAGUUCUUAAUCCGUGGAGCAAACAACCAAUAA